CGCGCGUGUUGGCAGGCGGCCGGGCCCCUCCUCUGGCCUGUCACUGGGUAACAACGAGCCGGGCCGCGGCGGCUCUCUGGUCCCCUCCUCCGCCUCCUCCUCCUCCUCCUCCUCCUCCCCAGCACCACCGUCGCCAAAGAGGGAGGCCGAAGGGGCCGAAGCAGCAGCAACAGCCGGAGCGGGACGGAGAGCCGACAUGAGGCAGGAGACCAGCCGGCCUUGGCGAUAGAAGAAGAUCUCUGAAAUACUAACUAACUUGCAACCAUGGUGCAGAAAUACCAGUCCCCUGUGAGGGUGUAUAAGCACCCCUUCGAGUUAAUUAUGGCUGCUUAUGAAAAACGGUUUCCCACCUGCCCCCUCAUCCCCAUGUUUGUAGGCAGUGAUACCAUGAGUGAAUUCAUGAGCGAGGACAGAGCUAUCCAUGUGAUUGAAAGGCGCUGUAAACUGGAUGUAGAUGCACCACGACUCCUGAAAAAGAUUGCAGGAGUAGAUUAUGUUUACUUCAUUCAAAAGAACUCCUUGAACAGAAGAGAACGCACUUUGCACAUAGAGGCCUACAAUGAAACUUUCUCAAACAGAGUUGUUAUCAAUGAACGCUGCUGUUACACAGUGCACCCUGACAAUGAAGACUGGACAUGUUUUGAACAGUCUGCAAGCCUUGAUAUCAAAUCGUUCUUUGGCUUUGAAAGCACAGUAGAAAAGAUCGCCAUGAAACAAUAUACCAGCAAUAUUAAAAAGGGCAAGGAAAUAAUAGAGUAUUACCUGAAACAGCUAGAAGAGGAAGGAAUAACCUGGAUUCCUCGUUGGACUCCUCCUGUGAAAUUCACCUUUGAACGCGGAGUAUCUCAUGUGAGACGUCCACUGUCCUCUCCAGUCAAUGUACCUGAAGCCACCAUGAAAGAGGGGCUGAGUCCUAAGGAAAUGAACAAUUGCAACAAUGUAUCAGAUCCCACAGUUGGAACACCUGAUGACAAGCUAGAUGCAGACUACAUCAAAAGGUAUCUGGGCGAUUUGACACCACUUCAAGAGAGUUGCCUCAUCAGGCUUCGGCAGUGGCUCCAAGAAACACAUAAAGGCAAAAUUCCAAAGGAUGAGCACAUCUUGAGAUUCUUGCGUGCCAGGGAUUUCAACAUUGACAAAGCUAGGGAAAUCCUGUGUCAGUCAUUAACAUGGCGCAAGCAGCACCAGGUUGAUUACAUUUUGGAUACUUGGAAUCCUCCCCAAGUACUACAAGAUUACUAUGCGGGAGGCUGGCAUCACCAUGACAAAGAUGGGCGUCCCCUAUAUGUGCUGAGGCUUGGCCAGAUGGACACUAAAGGUUUAGUCCGAGCUCUUGGAGAAGAAGCCUUGCUUCGCUAUGUGUUAUCUAUAAAUGAAGAAGGGCUGAGGAGGUGUGAAGAAAAUACAAAGGUGUUUGGAAGACCGAUAAGCUCUUGGACCUGCUUGGUGGAUCUGGAGGGCCUGAAUAUGAGGCACUUAUGGAGACCCGGAGUCAAGGCUUUGCUAAGAAUCAUUGAGGUAGUUGAAGCAAAUUACCCGGAAACAUUGGGGCGUCUUCUUAUUCUUCGAGCUCCCAGAGUAUUUCCUGUCCUUUGGACACUGGUUAGUCCAUUCAUAGAUGACAACACACGAAAGAAAUUCCUGAUUUACGCUGGCAAUGAUUAUCAAGGGCCUGGCGGGCUGUUGGAUUACAUUGACAAGGAAAUAAUUCCAGAUUUCCUUGGUGGAGAAUGCAUGUGUGAAGUUCCAGAAGGUGGGUUGGUUCCCAAAUCCUUGUACCGGACAGCAGAAGAACUGGAAAAUGAAGACAUAAAGCUGUGGACAGAAACCAUCUACCAGUCUGCCAGUGUCUUCAAAGGUGCUCCCCAUGAGAUUUUCAUCCAGAUUGUGGAAGCAUCUUCUGUCAUCACCUGGGAUUUUGAUGUGUGUAAAGGUGACAUUGUUUUUAACAUUUAUCACUCCAAGAGAGCACCGCAACCCCCUAAAAAGGACUCCUUAGGGGCCCACAGCAUUACCUCUCCUGGGGGCAAUAAUGUGCAGCUCAUAGACAAGGCUUGGCAGCUGGGACGAGACUACAGCAUGGUGGAGUCCCCUCUGACUUGCAAAGAAGGCGAGAGCGUGCAGGGGUCACAUGUGACAAGGUGGCCGGGCUUCUACAUUCUCCAGUGGAAAUUCCACAGCAUGCCGGCCUGUGCCACCACCAGCUUGCCUCGCGUGGAUGAUGUCUUGGCAUCCCUGCAAGUCUCAUCCCAUAAGUGCAAAGUUAUGUACUACACAGAAGUAAUAGGGUCAGAGGAUUUCAGGGGAUCCAUGAGCAGCCUUGAAUCAAGUCACAGUGGAUUUUCUCAACUCAGUGCAGCUACCACGUCUUCUGGCCAAUCUCAGUCCAGCUCCAUGAUUUCCAGAUGGCGAUUUUGCUGACAGCUGUAAAGAAAUCUCUUCACUCAACAAUCCACAUCAGCCUAGCGAUGUCUGGCAUUAUAGACUUUUUUGAGUUGCAGCUCCUGUCUGAAGAUCUCUUAAGUUUGCUCAGGAGUGUCCUUUGGGAUACUUUUUCAUUAGAAGUCUAAUGCAUUUUUCAGAGCUCAAAGCACAAACACUUGAGGGUGUGUCACAAAAAUUGAGACUUUUUAGCAGAGUGCCAUGGCAACUAAGAGCCAACUAACCCUCUGAUCUCCUUAGUGCGCAACCUCCCUGCUGUCCUUCCUCCGUUACUCCUUCCUCCAGAACUGAUAAUUCUGCUGGCCUGAACUAAAUUGAGCAACUUCUCCAUGUUCAUAACUUCAUAUCGAUUUCUGUAAAUGUUUUGUAAACAUAUUACCUUGACUUUGGUAAUAAGAUAACAGUCUUUAAAAGAUUUUUUUAUUUGUAUCAAUAAUAAAUGUGAACUCUUUGGGGGGAAA